AUGUUAUGUAAUUAUAUUACUCUGAUAUAGUUUCUCUUGUUGCAAUUUACUUAGAAAAUAAAAGUUGACAAUUUCCAAGUAUGGAGGUUGGAGCUUCCUUGAUUCUUUAGUGAACUGCAGUGAACUUCAAGCACUGAGUUUGGACUACAAUGGUCCAAAGGGACUUGGAGGAGUUAUGCCCAAAUCUGUAGCUAAUCUCUCUACAAAUCUACAAUGGUUGGCGUUGGGGGUAACACGAUUUCUGGAAGAAUACCUGAAGAAAUUGGGAAUCUUGCAAGCUUAACUGUUUUUGGUAUGGAAGAAUUUUUUUUAAGUGGUACUAUUCCUACAAGUAUUGGCCAAAUUCAGAGUCUACAAGAAGUGUAUUUAUCUGGAAACAAGUUGUCAGGAGAGAAUGCCUUGGAAGGAAGUAUUCCUCCCAUACUUGGAAAUUGUCAGGCUCUGCGACUGCUUAACCUUUCAUACAAUCAGAUUACAGUUCCAUGGCUAGCGCAACGGUUUUGA